AUGGCUUCAAAUGAACUGAAAGCCACAGCUGACAUGGGUUUCUUUCCUCCACCACUGCCUCCAUUUCCUGGUGCUUUAGGCUCUCCAUUUGGAGAGAGGGAAUGCAAGGGUGUUGAACAAGGUUGGAUGUUCCAGAUUUCUAGAUGGGGGGGGCAAGAGCAUCAUGGAGGUGAGGAAGAUGAAGGUGGUAACAGUACCACCCAUGAGAGUGUGCAGCACCACAAGCUCUGUGCCAGGGGACAUUGGAGGCCAGCUGAGGAUACCAGGCUAAGGCAGCUAGUCUCCCAAUAUGGCCCCCAAAACUGGAACCUUAUUGCUGAGAAGUUAGAAGGGAGAUCAGGGAAGAGCUGCAGGCUUAGAUGGUUCAACCAACUGGACCCAAGAAUCAACAGGAGAGCCUUCAGUGAGGAAGAAGAGAAGAGGCUAUUGGCUGCCCACAGGCUCUAUGGCAACAAAUGGGCACUGAUUGCCAGGCUCUUCCCUGGAAGGACAGACAAUGCAGUCAAGAAUCACUGGCAUGUGAUCAUGGCCAGGAAGCACAGGGAGCAGUCGAAUGGUUACAGGAAGAGGAAGCCCCUCACUUCCUCAUCUCUGAGCUCCCCACCCCCGGAGGCCCUCCUCCCCAAGAGACCGGAGGUGAACAGCACCAGCCAUGGUUCCUGCAGUUGUGAUUCCACCAUCAUCAGCACCAAAGAUGAGUCUGCCUCCACCUGCACAACAGACCUGUCCCUCAAUUCCUUCAGCACCAUCACCGGCGUGGUUGGUCCCAGCUCCCUAAGCAGACACAACCCUCCUCCUUAUCAGACACACCUUCAUGAUCUAGUAAAUGGAUAUGGUGAAAAGGUGUUGAGUGCAGGGAAUCAAUGUCAUCAGAAGUCUGAUGACCCUGGCAGUGGUUUCUUACCUAAUGGUGGUGCUCCCAUUAGGUGGUUUCCUGGGUUUGAUCAGUCUGGUUCCUCUGCAAAUCCUGAGAUUUCAGCAAAGGGGACAGUGGAUUAUCACAUGAGCAAAGCUUGGUUGCAGGGUGAGACCACAUAUGGCAGGGAGAAGAUUAGCUUACCCUUCAUUGAUUUCCUAGGUGUAGGAGCAACAUAG